CCGGCGGCUCGCACCUUGGGGCUGCCACUGCAGCCAGCAUCCUCCGGCGCGGCCGCUCGCGCACGCGCAGUUAGCAGUCGCUGCUGGGCGGCUGCCGGCCGGAUCGGUCUGGGGAGACGCCGGGCACCGAGUAGCGGCCAGUCGGACACCUGAGCUGCCGCUGCUGGACACAAGCCCGCUGGACACAAGCCCGCAGGACAGAGUCAGUAUGCGUCUCCAAGGCGCUGGCCUGUGCGUGGGGCUCCUGCUCAUCAUGGUCAAUGCGGAUUUUAUGGAUGAUGGUGUUGAGGUGGAAGAGUUCAGUGAGAAUUCAGAUGAGAGGAAUAUUGAAGAUGAACCUUCCUCGGGGACUAUUAAAUAUAAGACACCUCAGCCUAUAGGAGAAGUAUAUUUUACAGAAACAUUUGAUAGUGGAAAUCUGGCUGGGUGGGUCUUAUCAAAAGCAAAGAAGGAUGAUAUGGAUUCAGAAAUUUCUAUAUAUGAUGGAAGAUGGGAAAUAGAAGAGCUCAAGGAAAACCAGGUGCCUGGCGACAGAGGGCUGGUUCUGAAGUCGAAAGCCAAGCACCACGCAAUAUCCGCUGUCCUCACAAAACCCUUUAUUUUUGCCGAUAAACCUUUGAUAGUUCAAUAUGAAGUGAAUUUUCAAGAUGGUAUUGAUUGUGGAGGUGCAUACAUUAAACUGCUAGCAGACACUGAUGAUUUGAUUCUGGAAAACUUUUAUGAUAAAACUUCCUAUACCAUCAUGUUUGGACCAGAUAAAUGUGGAGAAGAUUAUAAACUUCAUUUAAUCUUAAGACACAAACAUCCCAAAACUGGAGUUUUUGAAGAAAAGCAUGCCAAACCUCCAGAUGUCGACCUGAAAGAGUUCUUCACAGACAGGAAGACCCACCUGUAUACCCUUGUGAUGAAUCCGGAUGAUACAUUUGAAAUAUUAAUCGAUCAGAAAGUUGUGAACCAAGGGACCUUGCUAGAUGAUGUGGCCCCACCUAUCAAUCCACCCAGAGAAAUUGACGACCCCAAUGAUAAAAAGCCAGAAGAGUGGGAUGACAGAGCCAAGAUCCCCGAUCCCACUGCUGUCAAGCCAGAGAACUGGGAUGAAAAUGAACCUGCCCAAAUAGAAGACUCAAGUGCUAUUAAACCUGAUGGCUGGCUUGAUGAUGAACCAAAAUUUAUCCCCAAUCCCAAAGCUGAGAAACCUGAGGAUUGGAGUGACGACAUGGAUGGAGAAUGGGAGGCACCACAUAUUCCUAAUCCAGCCUGUCAAAUUGGAUGCGGAGAGUGGAAACCUCCCAUGAUAGAUAACCCAAAAUACAAAGGAAUCUGGAGACCACCAAUGAUCAACAACCCUAACUACCAGGGAAUCUGGAGUCCUCAGAAGAUCCCCAACCCGGAUUAUUUUGAGGAUGAUCACCCAUUCCUCCUGACUUCUUUCAGCGCACUGGGCUUAGAGCUUUGGUCCAUGACUCCUGACAUCUACUUUGAUAAUUUUAUCAUCUGUUCAGAAAAGGAGGUGGCGGAUCAGUGGGCUACAGAUGGCUGGGAAUUGAAGAUAAUGGUGGCAAAUGCUAAUGAGCCUGGUGUACUCAGACAGCUAGCGACGGCAGCAGAGGAGCGCCCUUGGCUCUGGCUCGUGUACCUGGUGAUGGCCAGCUUACCCAUUGCAUUAGUUUCUUCCUUUUGUUGGCCAAGAAAAGCAAAGAAAAAAUAUGAAGACAUGGGGCCUAAAAAAACUGAUUUAUGUAAACUGCAAAGCAAGGCUGCUCUGGAACAAGAAGCAGAGGAGGAAAAGGCCCCGGAGAAGCCAGAAGAUUUGCAAGAGGAAAAGAGGCCAAGUGAAGCUGAAGUCGUCAUUGUGGAAAAGGAAGAAGUAAUUGGCGAACCGGAAGAGAAGAAUGAGGAAGACGGAGAAACCAUAGAAGCACAUGAGGAAGUGAGCAAGCUGAGUAAAUCUGGAUCAGAGGAUGAGAUGAAGGAUGCUGAUGAGAGCACAGGAUCUGGAGAUGCACCAGUGAAGUCAUUACGGAAGAGGAGGGUACGGAAGGACUGAAGCGUCAAGUAUCACAAAUCCCAAAGAGAGAGAGAGAUCUGGCAUCUAGACUUAGGGUGCCCAGAAGGACAGUGACUCUGCCCAUCUGCACAAACUCUAAAUAUCUAGCAACGUUACUCUUUCACACACUUCUUUCUUGCUUGCUUUUGUGGGGUGGGGGGAAGUAACUUUUAAGUUAACUGGUCUUUGAAUUUAGAAUAAAAGAAAAGUGGCACAUUACAUGAGAGCCAAGAGAUUCGUCUCCUUAGAAGUUACUGUUUAACAGUUGGAAGGAAGAUGUGUUUUGGUUUUAUGGAGCAACAAUAACGUGGUUUUUGUUCUCCUGCUCCUGGAACCCCUGCUAUUGGGCUUUCCUCAGCAAUGCCUGUGCAGGAAGAAGCAGGUUAGUUUUAUCCUGAAAUGUGGCUGUGCUCUGCUGUCCAGACUGAAAGGGAUGGAGUCUGGGGAUGAUCAUUCGAUGCUGUCGGCACGAUAAAUAUAAAGACUGUGUGAAGGAGGAGCCACACUUGUAUGACUUGUGUUACACUGUUCUUAGGUCAGUUCACUUAGCUUAGAAACUCCUUGAAGAGGUGCUGUGUUGGCAGGCGUGUCAACUGAGAGACUGUUUAAGCUCAUUCACUCCAUCACCGGGUAAUAUGCAAGCAUAGUUUACAAGAUAAUAGGCUUGUCAAAACCAAAUAAUGUACACAUUUUCUUUUUCAAGCUCUUGUAGCCACUUUAUGCCCAAGUGGCUUACCUCAUUCAACAAAUUGUGUGCACACACUGCUCUUGAAAAUGAAAUUUAAAUAUUUUUCCCAUCUAAAUUAUAUCCUCCAUCUGGAUCAUUACUGGGGAGGCUUCUUGUAUUAGUGUGGGAUACUAAUGGCUGUAUGCAGUUCUGCAGCUAUGUCUCUUUACCAUGCUUUCCUGCUGACAAGGUCACCCUCACAGCUGCAUCUGAAGUGGGGGCCCAAACAUACUACCUUAUCAGCAGUAUUGCUGCAUUUAAAAUAUUUUAUUGAAGAACUUUCUACACUUAACGCAUCAGGUGUCAACCCUUUGAAAGGCCACGGAAGUCCACAGGAUGACUUUAGUACUAAGUCCCUAUGGAACUUCUUAUGAAUUGGGGUUUAUUUUGUAGAGAUGCACCCCAUCUUCUGACUCCCUUACAUAGGUACAUUCCGAACUCACACAGUAAAAACGAACCCUAGCUUCACCUCCCCAGAGGAGGCUGAGCUGAACCAAUGUCAUUGUUGGCAUCAUCCAGACUGACAUAAAAAGGGGAGUAGAUGCUUGCCCCGUGGCCAUGCACUUACGUUGAUAGACUCCUAGUGAACUUCUAACACAGCUAACCAUAACUAGAAUUUACUUAGCAAUAAUAGGGCUUAACAUAGCUUUCAAGGGCUCCUUUUUUUCCUUUGAACUAGUCAUUCGAAAUAAUUAUAAAUAAAAAUAUAUCUCAAAAUAAACAACUAUGCUUCAGAGAUAAAUCCUUUCUUACCUUGAUAUAAAUCGCCUUGACCUGUGACUUGUGUGUGAACACGUUUUCUGAAGAUUGGUUAGAGCUGUUUUAACUCUUGGUUGCCAAUUAACUCUGCGUGUACAUUAAACUUCAGGAGCUUGUAGUGGUAAUAUCUGAGCAACUAAGUCUUAUUUUUAUAGUUUAUUUUGUCGAUACAAGGUUUUACUCUGUAGCUCAAGCUGGCUUGGAACUCCUAUGUAGCCCAGGCUGUACUCAGACUUGAUAGCCUUAUUAUCAGCCCUCAGUGCUGGGAUGGCAAGCGUGAGAAGCCAUGCAAACAUCACUACAAAUUCCUGGUUGUGUUUCCCUCUGUGGAUGUACUGUGGCUGACAGGUCAAUCCAAACCAAAAACCCUUGUGAGGAGCACAUGAUAUCUAUGCAGCUGAAGAGUUUUGUAGCAAAGUGGCUUUUCUUCUUUAUUCUAAUUUGAUUUUAUUUUUUAUAAUUACUUGAAUUUAUCAUCUUCCCUAAUAAAAGAUAUAUAUAUA